UGCUCUUACUAUUAGGACUCAGAAACGGUUAACUUUGAAACCUUAUAGGGAUUUUUUAUUGGGUUUGGAACCUAAUGAUGGCCCAUUCCUAGACAGACAACUGGGACACACUUGGAACGAAACAAAUCCAUUCUAAUCCGAGCAUGAGAAAACCUCAAUCAUCAUAACCAAACAUCUCCUUUUCCCUCAACAAUCCCGCGCUUAUUCGAAGACGAACCAAAUCAAAUCCAUAUCAGAAGCUCUCUAAUCUUCCAGACUCUGCAAUUCAUUGUUCCAAACAAUGUCGAAUACAAUAAUUCUCUCCGAUGACGAAGACGACCAUAAGACUCCAGUCCCUUCUCUUCCCAAGAAACCCAGAACCAUAGAACCUAACCUCCACUUCCCUACCAUCCUCGUCCUCGAUGAUGACCCUACCCCACCGAAACCUGGGCCCACCACUUCCUCUUCCUCCACGCCCUCUUUCGUCCCCGAUACUCCAAUGUCUGAUCUCUCUAUCGUUAAAUGCACAUUUGCUCCUUCUAAUCUCCAUUCUAGGGUUUCUAAUUCUGAUACAGUGCUCUCAGGAAGCAGUCAAUUUGUAUGUUUGGAAUCUGAGGAUGAUGAGUCAGAAAGUGGCUCUGCAAUGGAAAAUUGGAAGAACAGUGUAUUGGGCAUUAGUGACGACGAGACAGACAAGAUGGCAUGGAGUGAUAGAUUAUAUGGCUCUAUGGAUAUGCUUGGGGAUGCUAAUCCAACCCAGAAACAUGGGGACAAUUCUUCAGAACCACUUACAUGGCAAGAUGAUUUAAAUCAGGUAAAUUAUGAUCCUGAUAAGGAAAAUUGUAGCAUGGAGCAGAUUAGUACCAAUGCAAAAAAGAUAGGAACUAAUGUUUUUUCUAAAGAGAAAGGUAUAACAAAGAAGCCGACGGGCAAGAAGAAGCUGACAAAAGAGGAAAGAAAUCUUCUCCUAGAAGAAAAAAAGCAAAAGAAAGAGCAAGAGAAGUUGCAAAAAGCAGCUCAGAAGGCUCAAGCUGCAGAAUUGAAAAAAUUGGAGAAGGAAAAACAAAAGUGGGAAAAAGGGAAGUUUGCUCUGAAGUCUAUUAUUGUUGAGUUAGACAUUAAAGUUGUAGAACAGGGAUCAAUUGGAGGACAUUUGCUUACCAGGUUCUCUGAAAAAGGUGUUACAUAUCGCUUAACAUCAAAUUCUAUAGAAAAAUCUAUUGUCUGGACUAUGAGUGUUCCAGAACAUAUUUCUCAGCUUUCUCCCAAGGGAACUGAGGUACAAUACGUGUUACUUGUAUAUGAGGCUGAGGAGUUCUGCAAUCUUGUUAUCAAUGAAUCACUUUUGGAUCAUGUUUCUAGAAUUCGAAGUCGUUAUCCAUCGUAUACAGUUUGCUAUCUCACAAAUAGGCUGAUGGCUUAUAUCAAUAAAAGGGAAAAGGAGCAAUACAAGAAUCCAGAAAAUGAUAAUGGUUGGAGACGUCCACCUAUUGAAGAGGUACUGGCGAAAUUGACCACUCAUUUUGUCAGGGUACAUUAUAGGCAUUGUACAGAUGAAGCAGAACUUGCUGAACAUGUUGUUGGUUUGACAUGCAGCCUGGCAUCUUGCCAGUUUAGAAAUAAGUUAACACGAUUAUCUGUAAAUGCUAACGGGGCUCUUGUCCCCAAGGACUCUGUUGACAGGAAUUUAAUAAAAAAGAGUACAUGGUUAAAAGCUUUGGUAGCUAUUCCCAAGGUGCAGCCACGAUUUGCUGUCGCUAUAUGGAAGAAGUAUCCUACCAUGAAAUCUCUUUUGCGUGUUUACAUGGAUCCUAGUAAAUCGGUGCAUGAAAAGGAAUUUCUGCUCGAGGACUUGACUACAGAAGGUUUACUCGGUGGUGAAAGAAGGGUAGGUCGGAUUUGUUCAAAGCGAAUCUACAGAAUACUUAUGGCUCAAAGUGGAAGCAUCAAAACUGAUGAUGUUGAGGAUGGUGCUGACUUUUUCAGACAUGAACAAUCUUGACUAACUCUGCCCUGUUAUUCUCCGCGAUUAUUGUAUAUAUCAUGCUUCUUACAAUGCUUUCUUCGGGAGAACUGAUUUGGUCAAAGCACUUCAAGAUAGCACAAUAUUCUUGAAGUUGUAGCUGGAAUUCACUUCCUCAAAUGGCAUCAGAAUCGACAGGGUCCUCAAUCUUUAAGCAUCAUGAUCAGUAGCUAGGUAUGUCAAUAAACUGAUGAUGUGCAAAUUAAAUCAAUCUCCAGAGCAUAUUAGGUGAGUGGAGUACUCCUCACCUUCCCAUAUGAGUUUGAUAAAUGAAAGUAAUCGAAAGCCGCAUUGAGCUUUUUAUUCUGAUUUUUGUUUUUUGAAUAAAACUAAAUGAGCUGGAUUUUUUGAAAUAUAAGUAAAGAAGAACCUUUUUUCAUGGUUCGGGAGUAGCUGGAUUUUCUAACUAUGCGAAUUCUGGUGAAUUAGUUAUAGAGAUUCUGGUUUGUAAGGAUGUCUUAAGAAUUUGUUUCAGGAGUAUGGUGUUGAGAAAGUGUUACAGAAAUGAGAACAAUUGAAGACAACCCCUUGUAAUUAUGCUUGCUGUUUAUUAUUCAAACAAAAAUGACAGCUCCUUCUUGUUCUUGUAGUGGCAUAGCAUGAACAUCAACUUAGCUGUCCAGAGGUGUGUCUGCAUCACUUCAACAGUUACUCCAUACCAUAAAUUUCUUCUUUCUUGGUU